UUAAUCUUGCUGUCGAUUACGUUUCCAUUUCUUGUUUCAUGGUAAACUGAUACAAUUGUUCGUAUAGGAGCCGAACAAGAAAUUCUUCCGCCGGGGAAAUCUGACUGCCAAGCAAACAGAAGAAUAUUGGAAGAAGUUUUACGAGAAACAUCAGGAACUGUUGUCGAAGAAAGAAGACGAUGAGUUGGAAUCAGUGUCGAAACUAGAAAUCGAUCACGACGAAGCUUGCAGCGAAUGCUCAAUAUCAGAAGGCCUACGCAACGAUCUGAAGGCUGCUAUGGUCAAGGUGGAUCAGGAAUACCUGAACGAGAUCAUACAUGGUGAGAGCGAAGAGCAGAAGAAACACGACGUGAAAGUCGACGACGACUGUAUCACGCUGAAAGAAAUCACGGAAAUGGCUGAACAUCUGGAAAAAGGAGACGUGGCUAAAGACUGCCUGUUGGUUUCGUCAUUUCUCAACCUGAUCAUCCAAAAAUGGGGUAAGCAACUGAACAGCCGCCCAGAAGAGGAAAAAAGAAGCCCGCAAGGAAAGUUCACGAGCGCAACGUUCACUCAGACAAUGGAAUAUAUCAACCCGCUGCUCAGACAACUUAAAGCAAAAUCUGUAGCAUCAGAUAUCUUGGAGCAUCUCGUGAACAUCGUAUUGUGUCUGUUAGAGAGAGACUACGUCCAGGCAAACAACCACUACAUGGAAAUGGCGAUCGGCAACGCUCCUUGGCCGGUGGGCGUAACCGCUUCGGGAAUUCACAAGCGACCUGGUAGUGAAAAACUAUACGUUCGAAACGUUGCCCACGUUUUAAACGACGAAGUUCAACGGAAAUAUAUUCAGGUAUAGCA